GAAGACAUGCCAAGCUUUUCAGAUGGGUGGAUUGCGAAGUUGAAGAAGAGACUUGGAGUAAAAAGCAGAAAGAUGUAUGGCAAAAGUUGCUCUGCUCCUAAAGACACCAAAGAAAUUAACCUGAGAGUAGAAGAGAUAAAGAAGAAGUUGAGAAUGUAUAAGAGAAAAGACAUUUUCAACUUUGACAAAACUGGUCUUUUCUAUAAGCAGCCACCAGUUUCAACCAUAUUAACAGCAGCAAUUUCUGGUCGGAAGACCAAUAAAGUUCAACUAACAGUUACAUUGAUUUGCAACUCGAAUGGCUUCUGGAAGCUGAAGCCUUUCAUCAUUGACAAAUAUGCUAAGCCUUGCUGCUUCGGCAAGAAGAAUGGUAAGUUAUUACACUAUUUAUAUUAUUAUCACAAUGAUAAAAGCUGGAUGACAGGUGCAAUAUUUAGAUAUAUAUGCAAGAUAAUUAACCGUCGAGCAAGAAACUUGGGCAGAAAGAUACUUGUUCUGCUUGACAACGCAGCCUGUCACAAUACAUAUGACAACUAUACCAAUGUGGAAUUCCUAUACCUCCCACCAAACACUACAUCAUACCUUCAGCCACUAGAUGCCAGCAUUAUACAGAACUUUAAAGUCAAAUAUCAGUACUACCAAUAUAUCCUUGCCACUCAAAGAUAUAUCAGCAACAUGGUCAUCAAUUCUGAUGGCUAUUUCAAGCUUUCACAACUGGAAGGCAUGAAUUUUAUCAAGUUGGCGUGGAACCAAGUGACUCCAGAAACCAUAACCAAUUGCUUUAAGCAUACUAGAUUAUUUGAUGAC